AGUCGAACACGCCUGUCGCGUCUCUCUUCAUAGGUGAGGAGAGAGCGGCAUUAUUGACGAGUUUUACUGCUGAAAGCAAGCAUCCACCAUCGUACGCAACAGAGGAGCGGACAAGAACACCAUUUGCUCGCGCCGACCGAAAGCAUGAGAGUUUCAAUGCUCAUGUCUCUUAUCCGGCCGACCGGGCCGAUCAUUGUGGGCAUCUCUCUAGGGUUUACUCUGAGCCUCCUAAGCGGCACCUGGGUGAAUGAGUCCUGCGACUCCAACUGGAUGGGAGCCACCGACGAGAUGCUCGUAGCGCAUCCCGGGAUCUCGAAGGGGGCUCGGAAACCUAGUUCGAUAUCCACUGGCACUACUGACAACGGAAAUACCGAAGGGGAAUUUGAGCCAAGAAUAGUGCCUUACAACAAGCCUGCCCAACAAGGUCCUCCAAAUAAAGUUAUCAGAGCCAAGUAUGCCAGCACAGAGCUUGGAAUUCACGAGCGUCUCUUUGUUGCAAUAUUUACGUCCAAAGCCACCCUGAGCACGUUAGCUGUGGCCAUCAACCGGACCCUAAACCACCACCUGGAUGGCCGUCUAAUCUUCUUCACGGGCACUCGCAACCGUAAACUCCCUCAUGGAAUGUUUGUGCUUGCCCACGAAGAUGAACGUCCAGUCCCAAACAUGUACCAAUCCAUUCGAUAUCUUCUAGAACACCACGUUGCUGAGUAUGACUGGUUCUACCUUGCUCAGGAUGACACCUAUACCCAGCCCGAAAGGCUUAAGACCCUAGUGAGCCACCUGAGCAUGGACCUUCAGCUUUACAUGGGUCACCCAGGUGAAUUCAUUGGAGGUGAAACACAGGGGAGGUACUGCCACGGUGGACCAGGAUUUCUACUGUCCAGCGCAUUACUUCUGAAGCUCCAGCCUUUUUUGGACCACUGCAGGACUGAUAUCAUAAGCGUCAAACCUGAUGAGUGGCUCGGUCGCUGUAUCAUUGAUUAUACUGGCACCAACUGUGUGGAGGAAUAUGAGGGGCUAAAUUAUAAUUAUUUUUCAUUGGAAAAUAAUAUGGACCUUCUCACAGUGGAAACCGAUGGAUUUCAAAACGCACUUACUGUUUAUCCAGUCACCAGUGCAGAACUUAUUUACCGCCUUCACAAACAAUUCUCCCAAAUAGAACUGCAGAGGACCUAUGAGGAAAUUGAGAAACUGCAGUCAGAGAUCAAGAAUGUCAGUGAAGUGGCAGUGGAUGGAAACAAAAGCACUCUGUGGCCCAUCGGCAUCUCACCCCCCUUUGAACCCAAGAGUCGCUUUGAGGUCCUGCGUUGGGACUACUUUACAGAAGAGCACCUUUUCUCCUGUGUGGAUGGCGCCCCCAAGUGUCAGCUGAUUGGUGCUGAUCGUGAUGAUGUGUCUGACGUCAUCAAGGUUGCCGUGGCAGAACUCAACGAGAAAUAUAACCCCGUUGUACAACUGAGCGAUCCCCGGCUGGUGAAUGGUUACCGACGCUUUGACCACACACGAGGCAUGGAGUACACCCUUGACCUGCAGUUCCAGGCCACAACUCAAUCUGGCCAUCAGAAAUCUAUUUCACGUCGCGUACACCUUGUCCGACCCCUCAGCCAGGUAGAGAUUAUCCCCAUGCCUUACGUCACCGAGGCUACACGUGUUCACGUUCUACUUCCCCUGACCAGUUAUGAGUCGCACGCAGCGCUGAGCUUCUUGGAUCACUGUUCCUUGAACCUGUUUGAGAAUGGUGAAAAUGCGAUUCUUAACUUGCUAUUCGCCUACGAACCCGCCGAAGCUCUAAGAGUGAGCACAAAUGAUGUCUUUGCAGAUGUCAAAGCCAAGGUAGCAGCUGUUGAGCACAAAUAUCCCAACGUAAAAGUGUCAUGGAUAAGCAUAAAAACGGAGAGUUCUGGUGUCCUGCAUAUCCUGGACAUCGUUUCUAGGAAGCACCCGGUGGAUACGCUCUUCCUCCUCGUCACGGCCGACACGGUACUCAACUCUGAGUUCUUAAAUCGCUGUCGUAUGAAUGCCAUCAGUGGCUGGCAGGCUUUCUUUCCCAUCCACUUCCAAGAUUUCGACCCCCAUGUUGCUUAUCCGGACAGGCCGCCCUCUGCCUCUCCUGACCUGGUCAAGGAAGCGGGUCACUUUGACCGCUAUACGUUUGAUGAGGCGUGCUUUUAUAACUCGGAUUACAUGUCUUCACGUACACGGAUGACUGGGGAUUUGCAGGAAAAUGAGGAGCUGAUGGAGAAUUUAGAUUUAUAUGACAUGUUUGUGCAAUACUCAGGACUACAUGUAUUCCGUGCCGUCGAGCCCGCUUUGCGUCAGGCGUACCGCAACCGGACCUGCGAUCCGCGGCUUAACGAGGAUUCGUUUCACCGAUGUCUUCAGAGUAAAGUGGAGGGUCGGGGGUCCCGUUCCCAGCUUGCCAUGCUAAUAUUUGAACAAGAGCAAAGUAAUAGCACCUGAGAAGCACCCAAAAUGCAAUAGUGGACUAACUGCUGGUUUCAUCUACAACGUCUAUCAAUCAGAAGUUCCCUUAAGACUAAGAAGUUCUGAUUAUUCAUCGGCUACUAGCUGUUUUUAAGGGGUUUUGGAUUCAAUAUCUUAGAGGGCCCUAAACCUUUAAAAAUACACUUUGAAUUGCAAUGGAUAAUGCACUAAAAAUGCUCUUAUCUCAACUUCACCCAGUCAUUUUAAGAGGAACUUUGGAUUGUGGCACUCUUUCUACUACUGUUUUUGGGACAAAUUGCUUUUUGGAGUUGGUGGUAGAGACGAGUAUAAGAAUGUAAAUAUAUAUAUUUUUAGAAAUUGCAGUAAAAUGGCAGCAGAUAAAACGUGUUUACAGCGAGACUGAGCCUUUCAGAAUGGGCCGAUUGUAUGCAACGAUUUCCUUGAAUGAUUUUGCAUUAUUUCGGUCGCCUGAAUCCACCCAAUGUUGGAAGUGCAUUCCAGUUUUCCACCCACACAUCCUUUCCCCUGUUGCUGUGGCUGUCUGGGGCAACAUAACUAUAAAGUCUAUGGACGAAUCUGUGCCUUUAAAUCUGCUCCUUCACAGUGAAAUGCAUCUCAACUAUGCAGCCAAGCUAUAAAAUAUACAAAAAACCUUUACUGUUUUGCACAAAACCCAAAAGUAUUUAUGUCAUAUGCUUUCACGUGUUUUAGUUGUUUGGUUGAUUUUCUUUGUUCUGUUUCUUAAAAGAUGUUUCUCACAUGUCAUAAUGAGAUUAUAGACUUAUGCGGAUGUUUAUAGUAUGCACCAUGCUGCUAACAAAAAUGGUAACUUCAAAAUCAAUUUCCCAAAUUUAUUUGUAAAUUCUGUCAUUAUUUACUCACACUCAUGUUGUUCUAAACCUGUAUGAGUUUUUUAUGAAGAUAUUUUAUUAAAUAGGUUGAUGGUAGCCAUUGAUAUCAAUAUAGGAAAAUAAAUACUAUGGAAGUCAAUGGUAUGGUUACCAUUAUUUAUCAAAAAAACUUAUUUUGUGUUCAACAGAAUAAAGAAACUCAAACAGGUAAAGAACAACAUAAGGGUGAGUAGAUGAUAACAGAAUUUUCAUUUUUGGGUGAACUGUCCCUUUAAGAAAGGAUUUUUAAAGGAUAGUUCACCUUAAAAUGAAAAUUCUGUCAUUAUUUACUCUUGUUCUAAACCUGUAUGAAUUUAUUUUUUCUGGUGAACACAAAAAAAGAUAUUUUGAGAAAUGAUGGUAAACACACAGCAUAUAGUGACCAUUGACUUCAAUAGUAGGAAUAAAAAAAUAUGAUGGAAUUUAAUGGGUAAUGUUAACUGUGCGCAUACCAUCAUUUAUCAAAAUAUUUUCUUCAUCAUUUAUCACAAUACUUCCAAAAUAUUUUUCCUACUAUGAAAGUCAAUAGUCUGCUGUGUGUUUACCAUCAUUUCUCAAAAUAUCUUCUUUUGUGUUCAUCAGAAAAAAAGAAAUUCAUACAAGUUUAGAACAACACGAGGAUGAGUAAAUAAUGACAGAAUUUUCAUUUUAAGGUGAACUAUCCCUUUAAGAUGGUGUCUGUGUAAAAUAAUAACAGUUUAUAGUGUUUGUUAUUACAUAUCUUAAAUAUGAUCGUUCUUAUUUCCUAUCCUUAUUAAAUCUUAUUUUUAUUGUAAAGCCAUCAUAUUGAAGUUUGGAUGGUCAACCUGUUGUUGGAUGUUUUACUGUUUUAAUGUCCGCUAGAUGGCAGUAAAGCCAAUUGUGAAAGUUCACCAUUUUCAUACACAACAAUCUGUCUUAUACAUUUCUAGUUCCAGACUGAAUUUUCUCAGUCAGAUUUGUGGCCAAGGUCAAAAUGAUGAUAAAUCAAAACGUUAAUGCAAUUUCCAGUGUAUCUGUUUCUAUUUGAAUGUGCUUGUGUUUGAAUACAAAAUAAAAAAUUUUAAAUGCAUUUUCAUACAAAAGUUUUUAUUUAACCUAGAGAUGAUUUCAGCAAACGUUGUGCUCUAGCGUGGUCUUUCAACCCCAAAAAACAGACAAACAUAGUUCCAUUAUAAGAACUAUAAAGCACAAUGCGAACGUUACAUAAGACCGAAUAGAACAUAACACCUACUCACAAAAGAGACAAGUGGCAUAUUUGAGCUGUUCUCCUUUCGAGAUG